UACACAAGGGAAGAAGCCCGAUCAGGGAGCUCCCCACCAGGGAUAUCAGCACGCCAAGCGUCGGGAAAGCCCAAGGCAUGCAGCAUUGGCUGUUGACAGUCCACCACCAGAUAGAACCUUGCAAAGUGCAACCCCUCGCGCUGCUCUCGACUAACUUAUUCCUCCUCUCUUUUUCCCUUUCUCCCCCUCUUCCCGACUCACUCUCAUUAUUACUUACCCUCUUUCUCCUCCUUCAACACCAGCACUUUUGUCUUAUCCCUCCCUCCCCCCUUCUCCUUCCCUCUCCCUCCCUCCUUCUCCCUCUCUCUCUACCAUCUCUCAUUUUUCUUUUCCUUGAAUAAUCCUCUUCACUCUCUCGCACCAAGUGCUCUUGUCAACACUCAAAGGUAUGUUACCAGCUUUCUUGGCUCUUGAUUGUUGCCGGUGUCCCGAUUUUCAAAGGGUCGACACAAUAUCCAUCCGAGAUGGGCAAGCUUCCAUCUCUUUUCCUUUCCACCGUCUCCCCUCCACUCCCAUCCCCCCUUCGAAAUGAAUCCCCCAACAGGAGCUUGUGCGUCCUCUUCCCCUACCCUAUCUUCUGUCAAUACCCACGUACGCCCCUCAUUCUAUCCUAGUUCGGCUCCUCCCAAUCGGGUUUUGAUUCUUCCCCUUUGCCAUUCACCAUUACUCACCAUUACUCACCUCGUCCGCUUCCCCCCCCCCCCCCUGCACCCGGUCCUGAUCGCCACGCAUUGCCCAAUCUUAAUCAUAUUUUCCCUUCUUUUCUCUCAGCUGCUCAUUCAAUCUAACCUUUCCACUCCUCUCCAGCCUUCUCUCCUUAACCCGCCAGCCGAUCUUGCCCGCUUUCAAUCUGACGGACAGCUGUGCAAAGAGUGGCAAUCGAAAUACCCCACAGGCCGUCUCCGACUCCUCAACGGAAAAGACACAACCUCUCUGCUAACAAUCCCUUGCUUCCGCUUCCUACCCUUCGCUGUGAUUCUUCCUUCCUCUCUCCCUCCUUUGCAAUAACUACCUCCGCCUCUCCCUAAGCUCCUCUCAUCAUCCUCGUCUCGUCCCCACAGCGCUCCCACGCAGAAAUUAGGCACCGCCAAGCAGUUAUCCUCUUGCUUGUGCGUUGAUCCCACCAAAAGCCGGCAAACUUAGCUAGCAGACUAUCCUCCCAGCGAGUCUCUACCACCUAUUGUUAGAGAAAUUCUCUCCUUGAUCGUUAUCUCUUGAUAUUUUUUUUAUCGACAGCCAUCGAUCUGUUUGUACGAGGACACGAUACGCACGAAUUUGGAAGAAGGAUACAAUACCGUUUACGAAGUUUAUUUGAAUUCCUUUUUGGAUAACGACCAAUCCAUACACUACUCUCUAAUUCUAAACGUUUUUUAUUUUUAUUUUUUUACAAGUUCGACUGCUUUCAGAUAAGAAAACAAAAAAAAAACAUUAAAAGCCAACCAAAAAAAACAAUCUCGUUUACACAAAUUUGGUAUGACAAAAAUUUAAACUUCCUUAUUGCUACACCAGGCUAGCCUGUUGGGAAAUUUCUCUAAUAAUAUGGGUACUUUUUUAGCUCGUUCUUCCAGUAGUGGCGUUGUGGAAUUGUUACUCUUUCGUCAUAUCUUGUUGGUGCCGUCACAUACGGGGCACUGCUGAUAGGUCCUAGGCUUGCCUUCGUACAGAUUUUUUUUAUUUUUACUUCUGCUGGUAAGUCAAUGUCCUUCUAGUAGUCAUUGCGGGCCCAUGGGGUUCUAACACUUUCGUCUUUGCACUACCUACCUUUAGGAGGAGAAGCAUUAAGUUUCCUUUCCCCAUCCCUCUCUUGAAAUGGAGCAACAGCAACAGCAACAGCAACAAAAUGUUACUGGAGCCGGAGGUCGAAGGCUCCACAUUGCACAUAGGAGGUCGCCCUCGGAACUUACUCCGCUAAUGAGUAUGUCUUCUCCCUUGCACGUGGUGUUUUGGAUUAAGGAAAAAUGAUUCAUUCCUAUCGUUUAAUUGUGUUGUCAAUUGAUCUCGCCGGGUUACAUGCCGUGGGGACGAAGCUAAUAGAAGCUUAGUGGAGCAGUUGGCUCUUCAGCAACAAAUCGAAAUACUGCAAGCACAACAACAGCAAAUGCUUUCCGCUCAUCAACAAUAUGCAAACAUGGGUCUCCUCGCCCCGGGGCAGGGUCACUUACCUCCAGGGUUCAAUCCAAUGCAGUCACAGAUACCUAAUAUUUCGCCUCAGCAUGCCCAAGGCGGAUUCCAAUUUCCACAGCAACACCAACAAAACGCUGCUCCUCCUGGAGCUCCCACCCAGCCAUCGUCUCAUAGAAGGAAUCAAUCUGCCAUGCCCGGGAUGGGUGGCACUACUGGCCCCCCACCUGCCCCUUCUUCUGGUUCAUCUGGUACUUUUGGCGAGUUUUCAUUGGGCACUUCUAAUUCGACUAGUGGAAAUAAUAAUCCUCCACAACGUCGGCCCUCGGGUAAUACCGGAGGCCAGGGUGGUGAUGCUGGAAGAGGACAUCAGCGCAGACAUUCCCUUGCUCUUCCCGAAGCGAAAAAGGCCGCCGAACUUGCGCAGGCACGUAGAGGCCAGGCCAGUUUCCAGUUCCCUACUGGGGGCACAUCCGCGGGUUCUGCCACUUCUACGGCCAAUGGAUCAAGUCCAACAGCUGGUGGUACGGGUUCUCCCGCGACCGCCGGUUCCCCACCGGCUACCGGGGAGACUCCCACUUCUACAUCUGUUACUACUCAAGCACAGACGGCAACUGCUAGUCAGUCGGCAACACCGGCUCCCCCUAGGCCCAGAAUUGGCGGUCACGGAAGAAGCCAGAGUGUGGCCAUCGGCGUUAAUGGUGGAAGCCCAGUGGGUGGUACGCGUAUCGGCGGUUUCCAGUUUCCUCCUCCCAUGGCUACGAGUGAUGCAGGGGCUGGCUCAACUGCUGGAAACCAAGGUCAAGGUAAUCAACAGCAAGGUAGAAAUGUGGAGCGUCGUGGUAGUAACUCUGGCUUUCAAGGACAUAACAGGACCGGAUCCCGGAAUUAUGACGGUAAUUGGCGUAACCAGAAUCAAAACCAGUCUCACGGACAUCAACAAAAUCAGUCUGCUGAUCUUCAGAAUCUUAACCAAAACCCGGGGAUGGGCCAGGUCACCUCUGGUUUUCAGCCGGGGCAUCGUUCCCGAGCUUCUAUUGGCACCUUCCAAUUUCCUGCUCAACCAGGCCUUAUGCUCCCGGGUCAUGGUGGUCAGAGUAUCUUUAUCAACCCCGCUACCGGCCAGCCCCAAAUCCUCAAUGCUGGUCUCCUGCAGCAACAGCAACAAUUGACUCAGCUACAACUACAGCAGGCGGCUAUUAAUGCUCAGUCGUUGAACUUGGGUAACCUCGGCCAGGCUAGUGGUCAGAAUAUGCCAAAUCAGCAACAACAGAGGAAGACUUUGUUCACCCCAUAUCUCCCACAAGCUAGCUUACCCGCCUUGUUGAGUAAUGGGCAGCUGGUAUCGGGUAUUUUGAGAGUCAACAAGAAGAACCGAAGUGAUGCCUAUGUUUCCACUCAAGAUGGUCUCUUGGAUGCCGAUAUCUUCAUUUGUGGAAGUAAGGAUCGUAAUCGUGCCUUAGAGGGCGAUCUAGUUGCCGUUGAACUGCUUGAUGUUGAUGAGGUUUGGGGUCAGAAGCGUGAAAAAGAAGAGAAGAAGAAGCGUAAGGAUAUUAGUGAGACGAGGGGGCCAUCUGGUCCCUCUAACAAUAAUUCCGGUGGUGACGGAAAUUCUGUUAAUGAGGGAGGUCAAGAAGGAACCGGAAUCAAGAGGAGAGGUUCCCUUCGCCAGAGACCGACUCAAAAGAAGAAUGACGACGUUGAGGUUGAGGGCCAGAGCUUGCUUUUGGUCGAGGAGGAAGAGGUCAAUGAUGAGCAGAAGCCCCUCUUCGCUGGUCACAUUGUUGCCGUUAUUGAGCGGGUUGCUGGCCAAAUGUUUUCUGGGUACGUUGUUACCGUUGGUACGAAUCUGAUUUAUAGCUGACAUUUCUCCUUUUUUAGGACCCUGGGGCUACUGCGUCCUAGCAGUCAGGCGACUAAGGAGAAACAAGAGGCAGAACGACAAGCUCGUGAGGGCCAUUCCGGACGACCGAACCAACCCGAGCGAACACAAGACAAACCAAAGAUUGUGUGGUUCAAGCCGACUGAUAAGAGGGUCCCUUUGAUUGCUAUCCCAACCGAGCAAGCCCCGCGUGACUUUGUUGAGAAUCACCAGUCAUAUGCCAAUCGCAUCUUUGUCGCAUGUAUCAAGCGUUGGCCUAUCACAUCUCUCCACCCCUUCGGUACUCUUUUUGAGCAGCUCGGGGAGAUGGGUGACAUCAAAGUCGAAACCGAUGCUCUUCUUCGGGACAACAACUUUGGACCCGACGACUUUUCUGAAGCUGUCAUCCGCAAUGUUAUCGACAAUUGGUCAGUCGAGACUGAAAAGGAUGAGGUUAUUGCCGCCCGCAAGGACUUCCGUGAUGUGAAAACAUUUAGCAUCAAUGCCAAGAGCGCUGGCGACAUCAGUCAAUCAUUUCACGUCAAGAAAGCUAGUGAUACUACCUGGGAAAUUGGUGUCCAUAUUGCUGAUGUUGCCCAUUUCGUUAAAUCAAACUCCCUGGUUGACCGGGAGGCAAGAAAGCGGGGCACCGGCGUGGAAUUGGUCAAUCGUUUGGUUCCCAUGUUGCCCCAAAAGCUCGCAGAGGAUCUUUUAUCUUUGAAAGAAGGGCAAGAUAGGUUCACCACUAGUGUUGUAUUUACUGUUAAUGCGGACACGGAUGAGAUAGUUGAGGAGGAGACUUGGGUUGGUAAGGGUAUAAUCAAGAAUAGCGCUAACUUCCUGUACGGAGAUGUGGAUGCUAUUGUAUCCGGUGCUGAAGGUGAGAAGGUCUCCGAGGAGUUUAAAGUUGCUGUUGCUGUGCUCCAUGUAUGAUUUACCCUGCUCCUUCGUUUGGUGACUUCCUACGCUAACACUGGAUAGAAAAUGGCUCGCAACUCCCGUAAACUGAGAUAUGCAGCGGAAAACAUUGAUGUUCCCGCGCUUCGUUUGGUUUACCAACUGGAUGAUGAGAAUAUUCCGGUUGUGGAUAACAUCUUCGAAACCCGCCCUGCCUAUGAGAUUGUCGAGGAGCUAUUCAUCAAAACAAACAGCUUUGUCGCGCAAAAGAUUGCCGCUGGUCUUCCUGAUAAGGCCUUGCUUCGCCGCCAUUCGCCUCCUAACCAGCGCCGUGUUGAGAACUUUGCCGAACGUAUGAAUCGUUAUGAUCAGAAUAUCGACGUCUCUAGCAGCGCGGCAUUGCAAACCAGUCUUUUCCGUUUGAAGGAUCCCGUUGUUCGACAGGUAUGAUUAUCUGAGCCCAACCCGAGGGGAAACAGUGCUUACCAUAGUUUAGGGUAUGGAAACAGUGCUCAUCAAGGGAAUGCAACGAGCCAAGUACUUUGUGGCUAGCAAACUCCCGUCCGAGAUGCAUGGGCAUUAUCUUUAUAAUGUCCCUGCCUAUACUCAUUUCACUAGCCCCAUUCGCCGCUACGCGGACAUCAUUGUACACAGACAGCUAGAAGCGGUUCUGUCUAAUGGUACGAUUGACUUUACUGAAGAUACGGAGGCCCUUGCCAAGGCUGCCGAACAAUGCAAUGUAAAGAAGGAUUCGGCAAAGAACGCGAUCGAGCAGAGCAUUCAUAUCGAGCUCUGCCGUGCCGUCGACAGGAGACGCCAGGCUCAGGGCGGAGAGUUGAUUUGUGAGGCUAUUGUAAUCAACGUUUACGAGUCAGCUUUCGAUGUCUUGAUUCCCGAAUAUGGUUUCGAGAAGCGUGUGCAUUGCGACCAGCUUCCAUUGAAGAAGGCAGAAUUUGAUAAAGCCAAUCGCGUGCUGGAAUUGUAUUGGGAAAAGGGCGUUCAGUCCAAUGUGUACAUUCCGGAAGAUGAGCGCCCCAAGGGUGGGGCUGCCCUUCGCGCUGCUAAUGCCGCUGCUGCCGCCAGCCAAGCCGCGGCUGCAGCGAAGGCUGCCCAGGAGCAAGAGGAGAUACAGCGCAGGAUGAUGGAAGUUUCUUCGCGAAACCCCGAUGCUGAGCAGGACCUUUUUGACGACGAAGACGACUCGAAUCACUCUGACGGGGGCGUUUCUACUGAGAGACCAACUACUCUAGCUCCUGUUGCGGCUAGCACUAGGCCAACCCAGAGCAUGCCCGGCUCACCUACCAAGAAUUCACCCACAUCUUCGCAGACCCCUCACCGUACUCGUUCUGAUCCCAAAAUAUCUGUGGCUGCUCACGAUAGUGAAAAGGCAGACGGACAGGAGGUUUCAAACGAAGACAAGUACUUACAAAUGUUCACCCUUCGUGAAGAGAAAGGAGAUUACAUCCAGGAAGUUCGUGAAUUGACCAGAGUACCGGUAUUUUUGAAGACGGAAUUGAGCAAGAGUCCUCCGUAAGUGCCCCUGUCAUUCUCACAUGGCAUGCAGUUUACUUACAUUACGUUUAGCUGCCUCACUAUCCGAUCGUUGAACCCCUAUGCACUAUAAAAAAUCUUGGUAAUCCUAAGUAAUGGUUGGCGCUACUGUGGGGAGGUAGGAAUUGAAGGGUUAAUUAGCAUGGUGUAUCUGUCAUCACAUAGUUUUGUGAUCCAUACGUUAACUGGUGUUGGUUUGGUUUGCAUGGGGGAAAAAUGUUGCUUUUCUUGUGAGGGUAGUCAGGGAAGUAAUGGACCGGACAUGAUAUUUUACUCUAGUUGUUGAGAUGUCAAUUUAAUGGCCAAUAACUUUGUUAUCGUCAUUGUUUUCUCUCUUUUUUUUUCCCCCCAUCGGGUUUUGUCAAUCUAUGCGAAUGAGAGUAUAGUAACGAGCGGAAAACCAAGAAGCAAAAAGCACAUGAACCUGCUUUGUUUAAAGCAA